AUGGUUGCUCAGCUCCCGAACAGCGCCACUCUGGGCCAGACUAAGAGCGAAACGACUGGAUCAGGUGUUUCAAAGACUGUCCUUGAGGGUGUUUUCCCCAAUUCCUGGUACACAGAGCCGGCCUUCUACGACUUUGAACGACGAGCAAUCUUCUCGAAGCGAUGGCUGCUUACGACGCACCGUCUCCGCCUCACAGAACCGGGCAGCUAUCUGAGGUUCGACAUGGCCGGCUUCGACUUCUUCUUGAUCAAGAAUAAGGCGGGUGAAAUAAAGGCCUUUCAUAAUAUCUGUCGCCAUCGAGCAUAUCCUCUGAUCGACAAAGACCAGCCGGAUCAAGGGAAAAAGCAAAUCAUCGCCUGUGGUUAUCAUGGCUGGGCAUUCAACCUGGACGGAAAGUUGGCCAAGGCUCCCAAAUUUGACGAGACGAAGGAUUUCAACAAGGACGACUACAGUCUCUUUGCCAUUCACACCCACGUCGAUAAAGCUGGAUUUAUCUGGGUCAACUUUGACUCUUCUGAGACUCCAAUCCCGUGGGAAGAGCUGAAUGCCGGAACCGACGAGCAGGCACGUCUUCAGGACUUUCCGAUCGAUAAUUAUGUCUACCACCGAACCUGGACUACCAAUGGCAAAUACAACUGGAAAUUGGUCGGUGACAACUACAAUGAAUGUUACCACUGCAAGGCAAGCCACCCCGGCAUCACAAAGAUCACCAACUUGGACCGAUAUUCUGUCGAAGGGCAUAAUGGGCGUCUAGAACAUUUCCCCCCGAACAGAGAUGAUAUCAAGCCCGAAGACUUUGAGUAUUUUGGAAAUGGAGCCUUCACCUACAACUACCCUAAUACCUCGGUAAACAUAUCGACGCCUUACAUCUAUAUCAUGCGUGUCAUCCCCACCGGUCCGACCACGGUCACCACGGAAUACCAAACCUUCCGGAACCCGGCUUCCGACAUGGACAUUUUCCAGCGCGCGGCCGACUUUUUCGAGAGCAUCGAACUUGAGGAUUACGACCUGAUGAACGGCGUCCAGAAGAACCUCAACACCGGGGUCUACGUUCAGGGACCUCUGCACACCAAACGUGAGGGCGGCGUACUCUACUUCAAAUCUUUGAUCGAGGCCGACCUAAAGAAACAUAUGGCGAUCGAGACCGAAGCGGGUGGCCGGCAAGUUUGGCCAGCGAAGCGCAGCCAGCAGCUCCACAAAGACGUCGUGGAGCAAGAACAAUUCUGCUCGGCGGUUUGUGCCUGCGCCGUCGCUCAGAAACAGGCUCAACAGCAAAUGAACAUUGUACCUAUGGGCAAUGCUAAUAACGAAACAGAGAUUACGGUCUAG